AUGACAGUACCGAGGGCACGCUCCAAAAAGAACAACACUCUUUCUGCCGAAAGACCCAAGCGGAACAACCCACUAGCAACUGACAAAGUUGCUCAAUUACGCGACGGCACAAGGGCCAUGCUGAAACUGAUGCUUGCUCGAGAGAGGGCUACCACCGAAGCUAUUAAAGACCAAGGAUCCAGUCGCAAAUACCGGCCAAAAAUUGGGAAGGGCUCUCGACUUCCUCUGGAGCAGAACAUAAUCAAAUGGAUGAAUUUUAGAGUAAUUCCAGUUGGAGGACAUUCGUGA